CUCCUCCUGCCAGGGCUUACUUGGGUGACAUCCCCCUACACCUCCAAACUGAGCACAUCCAGCUCAGCCCCUCCUCAUGGGAAGUCCAGUCCCAUCAUAAUCAUCACAUUAUCUCCUUGCAUGGAGAUAAAGCCCAUCUGCACACAUCUUCAGGGAACCCUGGAGCAGAGGGGUGGGACAGGGGUGACCUCCAGUUGCCCCUUCCAUCUUAUACCAUCCUGUGAUCAACAUCACAGCUCCUGGCCUGAUCUGUUCCAGUAUGCCCAUACCUCAUACUGGGAGCCCAGUGUCCCCAGUGCAAAGGGGAGGGCUCAGACCUGUGAAAGAUUCUCUGACCAUGGCACCCAGGAAGCUGAGGGUUAGUUUGCCAGUGGCACUGGCCCAUGGCCAGCUCAGUGCUGCCAGGUUCCUGGACAGGGCUCCUGCUCUCUGAGGUGCCCAGGCUGGGGYAUGUGGGGCUGCUGGCCCUUAGGGACCUGGCUGACCUUGGGGGAAGGAGCUGAACCUGUUUACUGCCCCUGAUGCAAUCCCACUGCAAUCUGUGGUGCAAAGCCAUCGGCUCCAAGGGGAGGAUCUGCUGAAUGGAGCCCGUCUCUGGGUACAGGGGCUGUGGCAAUAGAGGUGAGAGGGGUCCUGUGGGGUAGYAGCCCCCAUGAGCCCUGGCAGCGGCUUCCCCUGCCCAGCUGAGGGAACCGGUAAGGGCAGCAGUUGUCAUCACUGGUGCUGCCCUGUGGGGCUCUGCCAAGCCGUGCUACUUCCAGCCCUUGCUGGGGCUCUGCCAGAGGAAUGACCUGGCUGUGCCCCUGGAGCUGUGCCCCUUGCCCUGUGGCAGUCACAAGCCCGGUGCUGAGAUGCUGCUGCCAGCCAGAGCAGUGCAGGCAGGGUGGGCRCUGGCUCCUGCUGAUGGCAUCUCCGGAUCCCCAGGCUCCAGGGAGACCUUGCAGCCCCUUCCAGUGCCUCAAGGGGCUCCAAGAGAGCUGGAGAGACUUUGGACCAGAGCCUGAAGUAACAAGAGGGACUGGCUUCCCUCUGCUAGAGAGCAGGAUGAGGUGGAGUAUUGGAGAUACUACAGACUCCCAGGUCUGCUGUUCUCCCAGAGUGCAGCCCACUGCCACACAUUCACCCAAAGGCUGUCCCACUYUUCUGCACAGGGACUGGCAGAGCCCCCAUGUCUCUAGCAGAGGUGCCAGCUUCUCCCACAGGGCUGGCAGCAUCCCUGGCUCAGCUGGAAGUGUCUUCAUCCCUCACCACGUUGGUGUGUUCCACCGGCCUGGGCCCCGUCCCAGUCCUGGGUGAAAAAUGGUUGAAGAAGAGAGGUUCAGAGGUGAGCUGAAGGUCUUCUUGGGGCACCUGGCUCCAGCUUGCUGCUGUGGUGCCGACAGUGCUGCAUGACAGGAUCGCAGUGCGCUGUCCCGGCCGGCACAGCCUCGCCAUAAACCUGCUGGUCAGCCAGGGRGCCGAUAAGAGUGGGGCUAAAGUCCAACAGGUCCUGAGGAACACAUUCCAGCCCGGGACUCACGGUGGUGCCUCUCUCAGCUCUCUCACCGUCGCGGUGGCCGGGAUGGCUUCAGGCAGGCAGGCGAUGCUGGUCCUCCUGGUGCUGCUGGCCAGAACCGUCCUCCCCAGCGGGUCCGUGGUCGUCAACAGCUGCAGCGGCGCGGCUGAGCAGCUCUGCAACUUCAUCUGUGACUGCAGCGACUGCUCGGACGAGAACCAGUGUGGGUACCUGCGGGACUCAGCAGUGCUGGGCACCCCCUUCACCUGUGACUUCGAGGACAGCGACUGUGGCUGGCAGGAUGUGGGCACCUCAACAUAUGGAUGGGUGCGGGGCCGGGCCAGCCUGGCCACGUGGGGCAUGGGGUCUCACUCAGACCACACCGUGGGCACUGACCUGGGCUGGUUCUUGGUCACCGUGUUCCCCCCAGMAAAGACCACAGCCACGGCCUGGCUYAGGUCACCAGAGAUGCAGGAAGCAGCUGCCACAUGUGAGAUCAGAGCCUGGUACCAACUCUCAGGGAGCUGUGAGRGCACCCAAGGGCUGAACCAGACAGAACGGCCUGUGCUGCGCCUGGCCCUGGCACACAAGGACGAGGUGGUGGGGCUGUGGCAGAGCCCCGAGCACAGCACUGAGGGCUGGCACCAACUGGUUGCCUACCCAGGCAGRAUCACAGAGCAGUUCCAGCUCAUCUUCUCCCUGACACAACCUCCCACCUGCGGGGCAGAGGUGGCACUCGAUGACAUCAUGUUCAGGAAYUGUGGCUUGCCAGAGGCCGGGCAGCAGGUCUGCAGAGCCCAGGAGAGGAACUGCCGCCACGGCUCCUGCCUGGCACAGCAUCGCUUCUGUGACGGCACCGACGACUGCGGGGACGGCUCGGACGAGGGCGCAGAGCAGUGCAAGAACUUCACCCAUUGCUCCUUCGACCAUGAUCUCUGUGGCUGGGUGCCGGUGGCUGGGGCACCAGUAUGGGGCAGGAACAUGAGCCUGAACCUGGGCACCUCAUAUGGCAUCCCCACUCGGGACCACAGCAACAACAGCAGGACAGGUUUUUUUCUCCACGUGGGCAGUGGCAGCACCGCUCAGCUCAGCAGCCCCACUUUCCGAGCCACCAACUCCUGUUCUCUCGUGCUGUACUGCCACCUUCAUGGCUCGGCCACCAGCAGCCUCAGCAUCUCCUACAUGACUAACUCCACCAAGCACCUGAUGAGGGAGAGGACAGGAGACCUGGGCAACUUCUGGGUCCGGGAGAGAGUGGACUUCARUGUGACAGGGCCCUUCAAGGUGCUGAUCGAGGGGGUGGCUGGCAGCAGCGGGACCGUGGCCAUCGAUGACCUGAUCCUGUCUCAGGGCUGUGUGAAGGAGCAGGGGCCCUUUUACCACCACUCUCCAUCCUGGGCUGUUUCACCAGCAGAGAAGCCUCCGGUCAUGCUGCCAAGCUGGGCAGGUGCCAGCCCCUGCUCAGCAGAGGAGGUGGCCUGUGACAGCGGGGACUGCAUUUCAGCAGAGCUGGCCUGCGACUUUGCUGACACGUGCGCUGAUGGCUCCGACGAGAAGCRCUGCGGGACAACMACCUUCGAGUCAGGGGCCGGGGGCUGGCACGAUGUCAGUGUGGGUCGGCUGCGCUGGGGUGUGCAGAGAGUCACUGAGCCUGACGCCUUCCUCACAGGCACUUUCCUGGCCCUCCAGACAGGAGAAGGACAGAUGGUGGGUCCGGCAAAGGCACAGACACCUCCACUGGGCCCCUCUGGCCCUGCCUGCACCAUGGAGAUGAGCUACCACAUCCACAGUGACCCCCAAGGCUUCCUCGCUGUCAGCGUCACAGAUCACACCACUGACACCACCCAGCUGGCCUGGCACACACARGGUCGUGGCAGAACUGCUGGGGGUCGUGUCCGCAUCCCACUGGGAGAGAGGAGCCGGCCCUUCCAGGUCGAGCUGCUGGCACUGAUGGAUCUCCAAGGCUCGGCAAGUGUCGGUGUUGACAAUGUGACAUUCGAGCAGUGCUACCUCGACGUGGUGUCACCCAUGGCUGCGGAGCUGUCCUGCAACUUUGAGAKGGGCACAUGUGGCUGGUACCAGGAUCUGUCCAGUGACUUCAGAUGGGUCCGCAGCACRGGGCAGGGACAGGGCUCUGACCACACCACUGGCUCAGGCUACUUCUUGUCCAUCGACCCCUCUGUGCCGUGGAGCCGUGGGCAGCGGGCCCAGCUCCUCACAUCCCACCAGGAGCCAGCUGCUGCCCCACGCUGUCUCUCCUUCUGGUACCGCUUGGCUGGCCCACAAAUUGGGACUCUGAACCUCAAGCUGCRGCCAGAGGGAGGGGAGGAGAUGGUGCUGUGGACCUGCCGAGGAAGCCAGGGCAGCCUCUGGCACCGGGCAUGGGCCACACUGCCCGCCACGGGCCAGCAGCGGUACCAGGUGGCUUUCGAGGUGCUGCGGGACGGCUUCCUGGGGGACGUGGGGCUGGAUGACCUCGCGCUGACCGCUGGACCCUGCGGGGCCAAGCUCUCCUGCACUUUCGAGGCGGGGGACUGCGGCCUGGCAGCCACUGGGAAGGGCACCUGGCAGCGGCAGAGCAAUGGCACCGGCACCACCGCCGGCCCUGCAACCGACCACACCAUCGGCACCACCGCAGGCCACUACAUGGUGGUGAGCACAGACAGAAUCUCCCUGCCUGCAGGGCACACAGCUGCCCUCACCUCYCAGCCCUACCAGCCCACUGUGCCCACCCAGUGCCUGGUCUUCUGGUAUCAGCUGAGCACUAGCACCCCAGGCUCCCUCAGGGUGUUCGUGGAGCAGAGUGGGGUACGGAGGAAGGUGCUGACUGUGAGCACCAUGGAGGGGAGCAACUGGCACCGCAGCCACGUCACCAUCCAGCCCGAUGGGGACUGGCAGGUGGUGUUGGAGGCAUUUGGAGUUGGGGGUGACCACGGGUACAUCGCACUGGAUGACUUGCACGUGUUGGAUGGAGCCUGCCCCGGGCCAGCAUCCUGUGACUUCGAGCUGGACACGUGUGGCUGGAGCAGCCCCUCAGACCCGCGCUUGUACAGCUUUGCCUGGGGCUGGAAGAGUGGGAUCACCCUGGCCAAGUACCCCAGCCCCGAGCAGGAUCACACCCUGGGCACAAGGAAUGGUCACUACAUGCACUUCGACACCAGCGUGCUAGGUGCCAGGGGCACCAGUGCCCUACUGGAGAGCCCACCCCUGCCUGCGGCCACCGACUCCUGCCUGCGCUUCUGGUACCACAUGGACAUUCCGGAGCACCUCUCCAGYGGGGAGCUGCGGGUGACGCUGCACAGCGCAGUGGGGAAACGCACCGUAUGGACCAUGGCGGGGCACCGCAGCCAGGGCUGGCAGGGAGCCGUGGUGCCAGUACAGAGCCCCAGUGAGUUCCAGAUCAGCUUUGAGAUCACUACAAGGAGGUGGCCGAUGGAGGGGACGGUGGCACUGGAUGACAUCAUGUACAGCGCUGGGGUGGGCUGCCAUUCCAGCCCAGAGGGUCCAGUGGAAGAGAAAUCCUCUAGCAGCUUYGUGGUGGAGGUGGUGCUCAGUCUGCUCCUGGCCCUCAUCRUUGUGGCACUGGUGGUUGCUGGGGKCUGGUACUGGCUGAAGCAGCGAGGGCUGGCAAGCAGGACAGCAGCGGAGAGCAACAGUCCCCUGGGCUUUGACAAUAUCACCUUCCGAGAUGACAAGGUCAUUAUAUCUUCAAGAGAGGGGAAUGAGGCUUGAAAUUACCAGCCAGCAACAGGAAUUGCACAUUCCUGCCAGAUACAGACCAUCCCUUGACAAGAACCCACACUCCAGCAGUCACCUGCUCUCUGCCCCGGCACUGGGGAGCUGGCAAGCUGGGGAGCCAGCCCCACAGAGGGACACACCGCUGCCAUCACUACCUCCUAGUGUUYGGGAAAAGUGUAUUUGUCGUUUGUAACAUGAACUUUCUGUUUCCAAGACAGCAACGUGCCCAUGCUUUGGCAGGUGGCAGSAGUGGGAGUUCUCUUAGUGACUGUYCUUAUCCACAAAGGGUUCUGGCUGUGGAAGGGGGGUUGAAGUGUGGGGUCUUGGCCCCCAGAGCUGGGAAGAGCAGUGGGUGCUGCAGAGGACAUGAGUCUUCUCAUCAUCAGAACAAAGCCCAAGAGUUCCCAGGGC